UUCAAUACGGCAAUCUUUUUUUGUAAGGGAUCUGAAUACUUUCCGAAUGCACUGUAUAUCAGCUAACAGAAACAUGUGAAUGCAGGGACUUCUAGUGGAGCGCAUAUGAAUUUAUGAUAAUUAUGGAAGUUGUUUCCCGUGUUUGGCUACGGUGUUUUAAAAGCGUUCGAAAAUGCGGUGGGUAUCAUUCUGACACCCUCACUUCGCACGUGCUUCUUCUGUCGCCGCAGUCACAUGACUUUACUUCCGGGUUCACGUUUGCUUGUACAGCGGCCAAUUUUUGCAGGCAAUAACAAAGUGAAUCCGCCAAAAGAAAUACGACUGAAGGAGAAACGGGUUUAACUAAUAAACAAGGAUAUAGCUAGGCAAGUCAAUUAAAUCAAUAGAUACACAUUUUCGGCAAUAUCUUGACAGAUUGCGGCAACGUUUUCGGUUGAUAACAGAUAACGUUAUGUAGCCAGGACAGCGAGCUUGCUAUGUUGUAAGCUUUCUAGCGAGGUUACAGUUGUGUUAUAUUUGGCAAUACAUCUUAAACUGAAAUCUAUUAAUAACCGGUUAGUUAGACGAUGACAAUCCUGAUACAGCCAUAACAUCUGAACAGUUUUUUUGUUUUAAGCAAGGGAGGGGCUGUGGCUUGCUACUACUAGCUAGCUAGCUAACCAAGUCAGCAGAAAAUAACUAGUUAGAUAGCCAACAACCUGUUUCCAGUUAUUUCAGAGUCUAACUGUUAGUCUAGUGUCAGUAGGCAUACACAAUUUCUGUAAAAAAUGUCAAAAUACACAAGUUUUUCGGAACCAGGCGACGCCCACAACCCAUUUCAGGACCCUGCAGUGACUCAACACAGCAGCAACACUGAGUAUGCCACACUGGAUCUUUACAACCCAUUUGACAAUAAAAAUGGGCCCCCACCACCAGCCUAUGCAGCCACCUCCCCAUCCGCCCCCCAACCUGUUGUUCCUGCAACAACCCCACCCAGCAGGACUACGCCUACAGAGCCCCGCAACUAUGGCACCUCCUUCACCCCCCAGCAGACAGCGGUCAACGCCACCACAGCAGAACUCCUGAAGAAGCAGGAAGAGCUGGAGAAGAAAGCCCGUGAGCUGGAGAGGAGGGAGAGGGAGCUGAACUCAUACGCCCUUGGCCCUGGAGCCACUCGUCAGAAUAACUGGCCUCCCCUGCCCACUUUCUGCCCUGUGGGACCCUGCUUCUACCAAGACAUCAACAUGGAGAUCAGCCAGAGCUUCCAACGCACUGUCUCUAUCAUGUAUUACUACUGGAUGUUCACUGCCUGCACACUGGCAUUUAACUUAAUUUCCUGCCUGAGUCUGUUCUGUGUGGACACUUCUGUUGGUGUUGGGCUGGGCCUCGCCAUCCUCUGGGUCCUCCUCUUCACCCCCUGCUCCUUCGUCUGUUGGUACAGGCCUGUGUACAAAGCCUUCAGGAGUGACAGCUCCUUCAACUUCUUCACCUUCUUCUUCAUUUUUUUCAUCCAAGUGAUUAUCUAUGUCAUCAUGACCAUUGGCAUUCCUGGAUGGGGUUUCAGCGGCUGGAUUGUGAGUCUGGCUGCUCUGAAGACUAGCGUGCCUGUUGGUGUGAUCAUGAUGCUCAAUGCCAUCCUAUUCACUGCCCAGGCUGCCAUCGGGGUUGUCAUGCUCAAGAGGGUCCACUCUCUGUACAGGCAGACCGGUGCCAGCUUCGUGAAGGCUCAGGCUGAGUUUGCCACUGGAGUGAUGUCUAAUCAGGCUGUACGCCAGGCAGCUGCCAACGCCACUGCUUCUGCUGCCCAGGGGGCUUUUACUGGGGUGGCUCGAUAGAGCGAAGGCAGGCAAGUAGGGCAAGGGAGCUGGUAGGGAGAGAGGGGUAGGUACAGUUGAAGUCGGAAGUUUACAUACACCUUAGCCAAAUACAUUUAAACUUAGUUUCACAAUUCCUGACAUUUAAUCCUAGUAAAAAUUCCCUGUCUUAGGUCAGACAGGAUAACCACUUUAUUUUAAGAAUGUGAAAUGUCAGAAUUAUAGUAGAGAGAAUGAUUUAGUUCAGAU